AAUUAUAUCCCAUUUGUACAAUAACAAUGACUAUGAGACCAGAUGAUCACCGCAGAAAGUGGGACCGCGCAGAGUAUGAAAGAUUAGCAGAGGAGAGAAAGCGCGAGGAACGAGAACGAGAAGAUGACGAGGAAAAUCGAAAGAAGGGCCCUCCGGUGAAACGUGAACUACUGAAACCGAGAGAGUAUAAAGUAGACUUAGACUCGAAACUUGGCAAAAGUAUCGUUAUUAAUAAAAACACGCCGACAUCGCAAUCGGGCGGUUACUACUGCAAUGUGUGCGAUUGCGUCGUUAAGGAUUCCAUCAACUUCUUGGAUCACAUCAACGGUAAAAAACACCAACGUAAUUUAGGUAUGUCAAUGCGAGUUGAGCGUAGUUCGUUAGAUGCGGUGAAAGGUAGAUUUCAAAGUAACAAAAAGAAGAUGGAGGAGAAGCGAAAAGAUUACGACAUGGCCCAACGCAUGCAAGAAAUCGCAGAGGAAGAGGAAAAAUUGAAGGAGUAUCGAAGAGAAAAACGAAAGGAGAAGAGGAAAGCGGAAGAAAUGGAAGAACCUAACGAACAAGCCGGCGAACUUACUAGUAUAAUGGGAUUUACUGGUUUUGGGUCAGGAAAAAAAAAGUAGUGCUAGUUAAAAUAAAGAGACAUUGUGAGUGAAAAUUUCAGUAUGAGAAUCGAGACUAGCAUCUUCAAUUGAAAUGUAGCAAUACUCCCACCGCUGUCCGUUUCUAAAACUCCCUUGUAGGUUUGGUUGAUAUUGUCACAUUUAAUUACUAGUACACUAUUAAUAACUUCUGUUGUAAGCUCUGCCAUAUUUUUUGCAGCUAAGUUUCCACAGUGAGCGAGUGUUUCAUUAUAGUAACAAUUUAGUAUGCGUUUGUAAGAACUAUAAAAGCACUCUGUUAAUGUUUGUAUAAAUCAAACACCGCCAGUUACUCGCAUAUUA